UUCGGGCGUGCUCUAGUAAGCGGUUGCUCCCCUGUGCAUGUUGUAAUGUACAUUGUGUUCAGAACAGCUGCAGUAGUUGUAUUUAUGAAGGAUUUACAUAAUAAGCACUGAUAAGACUCUGAAGUGGUGGAGACAUGGUGGGCUAUGACCCCUCAGCUCAGGGUGCUGCCCUCACCCCAGAAGAGGCCGCCCUGGCUGGGUCAGCUGCAGGGAUGGUGACCCGAGCUCUCAUCAGCCCCUUUGACGUAAUUAAAAUCAGAUUCCAGCUGCAGAUUGAGCGAGUGUCCAGACAGAAGCCUGAGGGGAAGUAUUGGAGUUUAUUUCAGGCUUCCCGCUGCAUUUAUUCAGAGGAGGGACUCUCUGCUUUCUGGAAGGGCCACAUCCCAGCACAGCUGCUCUCCAUCAGCUUCGGAGCUGUCCAGUUUGCCAGUUUUGAGUUCCUGACCGAGGUCGUGCACAAAACAACGCAGUACGACAGCCGGACAGCUGGAGUUCACUUUGUGUGCGGCGGUCUGGCUGCCUGCUCUGCCACGGUGGUCUGCCAGCCUCUGGACACGCUGCGGACACGCUUUGCUGCUCAGGGGGAACCCAAGGUAUACAGAAAUCUGCGACAUGCUGUGUCUACGAUGUGCCGCUCAGAAGGUGUACUCACUUUUUUCCGCGGUCUGUCUCCGACUCUGAUGGCUGUGUUUCCAUACGCAGGGCUGCAGUUUUUCACCUACAACAUCUUUAAAAAACUUUUAGCUCCAUCAUCUGACGCUGGGAAGUCUGGAGGAAACCUGAGAAGUCUGAUCUGUGGCAGUGGAGCCGGAAUGAUCAGCAAAACCAUCACGUAUCCCUUCGACCUCUUCAAGAAGCGGCUGCAGGUUGGCGGCUUUGAGGCGGCCAGAGUUCACUUUGGGCAGGUGCGGACUUACAGAGGUCUGGUAGACUGCGUGCUUCAGAUAGCCAAAGAGGAGGGUCUCCGCGGUUUCUUUAAAGGCCUCUCGCCGAGCCUCGUUAAAGCCGCCCUGUCCACAGGCUUCACCUUUUUCUGGUAUGAGUUUUUUCUAAAUGCCAUGCGUAACUACAAGGAGCAACAGAACACGAAAGGAAGACUCGUCAAAGACUCGCAGGAAAGAUAACGAAGGAAAACAAAGUUAUACUGACUCGACAACGCACAUCUGAACAGACUCACUCUUUAUUUUUCAAACAUAUCAACAUGGUCAACGUCCGUAGUUGUUCCUGUUUGUUUACACACAAAGGUGGGAAAACAUGACCUCUUUUUUUUUUUACUGUUUUUGUGCUGCCAUUACAGUGUGUUGUGCCAUUUAUGCAUUGAAUGUUUUAAAAGUAUAUUUAAUAUUUUACUCUUGGUUUCUGAGGUUUCUUUGCCUGGUUUUUGAGCGAUAAAUAUCAUAGAUGCUAAACGUCCAAACUGAACUUUGCCAAUGAAAGCUCAGACUUCUUAUGCUGGAGUUGCAGUUAUUGACUUCAUAAAAUAAAUUACAGGGGAAAGUUAAGCAGAGUUGUUUGUGUCUAGACAUAAAUGUGUUUUAUUUAUUCUACUUUAUAUUAUGUUGGACAGAAAGGGUCUGGUCUACAAAUGCACUGCUUGAGAAGAGUUUAAUGUUUAUCCUGCUGAAAGACGGAGGCUGUGGUCGUGCCUACAUGUCGGUCCAACACUUUAACCUUCAGGUCAUCUUUUUUUAAUAAAAAUGUUUU